CAAAAUAAAAAAUUUACUUUAAAUAUAACUUGUAGAUUUUCUCUCUGUUCUCUUUUUUUUUCUCUUUACAAUCAAUUUCUUUAUUUUUUUUGCAAUCAUCAAAUAUGCGUUCUGCCAUUGCUCUUUCCAUCAUUUCUGCCGCUGCUGUCGCUUCCGCCGCCAACUGUAACCCUUCUUACAACGUUGCUGGUUCUGGUGAUUGUUUCACUGCUUGUAAUGUCAAAGCCGGUCAAACCUACGUUUCAGGUUGGACUAUGGAUAGCACCUCUGAAAAGUUCCUUCCCUCUUUAAAGGUGAUGUGUACUAAGGGUACUUCUCAAUACACAGCCUUCAUGACAACCGCUGGUAUGUGUAUGGCCACCUGUAGUGACCCUGUUGAGCUCUUCAAUGCUGAAUUUGCUGGUGCUUGUGCAUGGUAUGCUGAACAUAAGGACGAUGUCUGUGCUGGUGAUGCCGUCACCACCACCACUGCUGCUGCUGUUACCACCACUACUGCCGCUGCCGUUACCACCACAACUGCCCCUGCUGCCGAUGCUACCACUGCCCCUGCUGCUGAUGCUACCACUGCUGCUGCUACCAGCUCUGGUGCCCCUGCUAUUGUUGCCACUGCUUUAUCUAGCGGUGUUUCUGCUGCUAGCUCUGGUGCCUCUGCUGCUUCCUCUGCUAUUGCCAGUGCUUCUCACAGCGGUAAGCCCGCUGCUGCUUCAUCUCCCGCUGCUGCUGCCCCUGAAAGUGCUGCUAGCAAGUUGCAACUCGGUGGAUAUGCUAUGGCUUUAGUCGCCUGUGCUAGUUACUUUGCCCUUUAAGCUCUUUAUGUCUUAACUAAUUAGCCAAAAAAAACUCCUUAUUUAUUUAUUUUCAAAAAAAAAAAACCGAAAACUACAUUACUCUUAUUUCUCAUUUAUUUAUUUUCACUACCCAACAUAAUUGAUAUUUUGUAAUCUUGCACUACAAUAAUAAAAAUAUCUCACACCUUUUAA